UUCGGAGCCGCGUGGCGCUGCGAGAGGCUGCACUCAGACUGAUGCUGAGCGGCUGGUGCGAGCCUCGCCUCUCUUUCUGCGCUGCUGCUGCCUCGGCUGCCAGAGCCGAUCACGCCCCGAGCAUCUGGAGCCGCCGCGCGGGUGGGACGUCCGGCGGCACCCCAGCGCCUGGUGCAACUCCGCGGAAGCGCGCUGCUCCGCGCCGUGCCGCCUCCGCCGCCGCUCGCUCGCUUGCUCCGCGCUUGCCUUCGCUCCCGUUCGGCAGCCGCCCGUCGACCUCAUAAGGGCCGCCUCGCAGCACGGCUACCCCGCAUCCGCCCACCACCAUCUCCAGUGCUCAGCAGCGUCGAGCGACCUCUCCACCAGCGACACACCCGACCUCACAGCGCCACCUCGCCCUGCUCCUCCACCUUCGCUGCCGAGCAUGCCGACUGCCACCACCGAGCAGCACGAUGUGCUCAUCAUCGGCGCUGGCCUCAGCGGCAUCAAUGCCGCAUACCGCGUGCAGACCGAGACGAAGCGCGACUACACGAUCCUCGAGGGCCGCGCGAGCAUGGGCGGCACCUGGGACCUCUUCCGCUACCCGGGCAUCCGCUCGGACAGCGACAUGAACACCUUCUCGCUGCCGUUCCGCGUCUGGCGCGACGCAAAGUCGCUCGCCGACGGGCCCGCGAUCCUCGACUACAUCAAGACGACGGCUGCCGAGUUUGGCAUCGACCGGCACAUCAGAUACAACACAAAGGUGAAGGCGCUCAGCUGGGAUUCGAGCACCAGCCGCUGGACCGUCACCGUCGAGACGAACGGGCAGACGCAGCAGCUCGUCGCGCGCUGGGUGCUCAGUGCCAGCGGCUACUACCGCUACGACGCAGGCUACCUGCCCGAGUUCCCCGGCCGCGCGAGCUUCAAGGGGCCCGUCGUGCACCCGCAGGCAUGGCCCGAGGAUCUUGACUACAAGGACAAGCGCGUCGCCGUCAUUGGCAGCGGCGCCACCGCCAUCACGCUCGUGCCCGCUAUGCUCGAGCGCGGCGCUGCGCACAUGACUAUGAUCCAGCGCAGCCCGAGCUACUACAUGAUGCUCAACAGAGAGGACACGUUCUCGCGCGUCGUGCGCAACACGCUGCCUGAGGGCUUCGCGCACACGCUGCUGCGCUUCCUCUACGCGGCACGCACGCUGCUCUUCUUCUUUGCCUGCCAGGCGUUCCCCAAGUUCUUCCGCGGCGUGCUGCAGGGCAUGGCCGCCAAGCAGCUGCCCAAGAGCAUUCCUGUGGACCCUCACUUUACGCCAAGCUACAACCCAUGGGACCAGCGGCUGUGCGUGGCGCCGGGCGGCGACCUGUUCGAGUGCCUGCGCUCGGGCAAGGCGGACAUGGUCACGGGCCACAUCGAGCACUUCACCGACAAGGGCAUCCUCAUGAAGGACGGGCAGCACGUCAACGCCGACAUCAUCGUGACCGCCACCGGGCUGCAGAUGGAGCUGCUCAGCGACAUUACGAUCACCGUCGACGGCGAGCUCGUCAAGCUCGGCGAGCGCUACGCGUGGCAGGGCCAGCUCCUCGAGGGCGUGCCGAACCUCUCGAUCAUCAUCGGCUACAGCAACCUGUCCUGGACCUGCGGCUCCGAUGUGUGCGCGCGCAUGGUCUGCAAGCUCAUCAACGAGCAGGACAAGACGGGCAAGGACGUGACUGUGCCCGAGGCGGACAGGACCCAGCUGCAGCCCAAGCAAAUCAUGAGCCUGAGCUCGGGCUACUUCCAGCGCGCCAAGGGCCGCAUCCCGAUGGCAGGCAACAAGGCGCCGUGGGCGCCGCGCGAGAACUACUUCCGCGACCUCUUCGCCCUGUACUUUGGAAGCACCCGCGACUCGCUGCGCUCGUAUGCCUCGGGCACCGCGCGUCCCGUCAGUGCGGCCGCCAAGAAGACACAGUAG